GUUGGCUCUGUUUGUGGUACAAGGUCCAGGCCGUGAUGAAGAUCCUGUAGUCGAAAAUGAAGAUGAGGCCAUGGAGAUGUAGAAGGCCCUGAAGGUGGAGGAGAUGGUGUGGCCGAUGUGGUCAUGCUCUUGUAAUCACGUGUGGUGUGUGUGUGCGUUCGGUAUCCGGCACCCAUGCACUUUCACAAAACGUGUGGUGAAGCUGAGUUGGCUGGGAGGAAGUGAGGCGAUCAUGUUAAUUGAGGGUUCUGGUUAGUAUAUAGCCCUGUCUGUCUCCUCAACUCACCACAUCCACUUAAUCCCUCUCUUUUGGUCUCAACAUCCAGUGGGAUAGUAGUGCCUGGCGUUCCAAACUACUACCGUACACAGUACACGGACUAUUGGCAGAGUUGGGUUUACAGCUACAAACAUCUGAUUCUGGUGGAACUGGGGAAAAGAAUGAAGAUUACAAUAGUGAUUUUCUGCUUGGUUGGAGCGGUUUAUGCCAACCCAAUUCUGUACAAAGCUAUUUUGGAGCAGAGCAAACUGGAAUCAUCAAACAUGACUCAAACGCAAAGGUUGAGUUCAUCCGCCUCACAAUCUCCGCAUCAAAGUGACACUUCGGAGCUCAAGAGCUCAGAAGAAAGUACCUCAGAGGACCAAAGUUCAGAGUCUGAGUCCGAAUCAUUGGAAUCCAAUUCAGAGUCUUCCGAGAGCCAUUCUUUGGAGAGUGCGAGCCAAUCACUGGAGGACAGGCAGACUGACUCCAAUGCUAUUGGGGAUACAAGAGACAACAGCCAAGGCAGUGAAGAAAACAUUCGAAAGAAUUGGAUCCGAGUGUUUGCCGUCCGAGUCUUGAGUGCAGAGGACAACAGCAGCUCUGAGGUCAAAGGGCAGCUGGACCUACCCACUAAUCAAGGAGCAGUGAAACAGAGCACACUCUCUCCCACCACUUUGACAACCAACCACAGCCAGCCUGGCGAUACAGUUCAGAGCAAUGCAGCCUUGGCAUUGGUAGAGAGCUUCCUCAAAGCCUCUGAUUCUCUCAGUGAGACCAGUGUCAGCAUUGAUACCAGUGACGUCAGUGCUGUCACUGGUAAUGUCAGUACUGUUACCAGUGACGUCAGUACUGUUAACUUUGACAUAAGAGACACAAGUAACAUCAAGGAUACCAGUGAUAGUAGCGAAAGCAGUGAAAGUAGCGAGAGCAGUGACACUAGUGAGACCAGUGAUAGCAGCAAUACCAGUGACAGUAAAGAGAGUGAUACCAGUGAGAGUGAGGAGAGACACCAGAGCCAAGCUACAGACUGCCAGCAGGGUGUCCACAGCACUGCCUGUGACAGUGAGGAGUAUUUCAUCCAAGAUAUAGGUGACGAUGGUCAUUAUCCAAUGGAUGAUUUGCUCAUGCCUGAAGAGGAGCAUAGAGAGUUGAGUUUACGGAGAUAAUGCUAACAUCCCCCAUUUGACUGUAUCAGGUUGGAUGCAUUUCAAAUGAAGCAAGGGGAGGGAGUACAGUGUAGAUCAAGUAUGACAUUGACUUCUAUGAUUUGUUUUGAUGUUGGCAUGAAAUAAAAAUGAAAAUAAACUGUUCAGCCUACUGCUUAGAAAAAUAGGUUUAAGUGUUGUAGUAGAUGGUUUGAAAUCAUGGUUGCAAAUAUUCUUCCUAUAUUUUCACUCAUUUUCACGAAGAGUUUAAUUCCAAAAUGCUAUAUAUCCAUUUUCAGAAAUGUUGGUAAAUUAUAUUUUAUUGUUUAUAGAAAUUAUGAUAGAGAUGGAUGUGUUUUUUCACUAUCUAAUUAUGGCAUGGGAUUGUUUGACUCUGAUCUGGAUUACUGACCUCUGCCUGCCCUUGACCUGUUGUUUUGCCUGCCCCCUGUUCUAGUAAUAAACUUUUGUUACUUCGA